AUGCAGUCCCUCUCCCCCGACGAGCAACGACUCUCCCGCCUCUACGGCAAGCUCCCUUCCAAAUCCGACCACCUAGCCGAGCACCUCAAAGAGUGCAAAUACUUCGACUGCGGUGACUACGGUCUCUCCAAAGCCGGAAAAGCCAGUUCGGUCGAUACCGGAAGCGUUGGCUCCCAGCAUCCUCUCCCAGGGAACAUCCCACAUCUCUCUUCCCCCGGCAUAGGCAGCGCAAGCCAGGGCGGUAGUGGCAAUAGCAAUGUUCAGCCGGGAGUUGCUAGUGGUUCACAGAGUGGAAGUCCGGUUAAGGAGAGUAGCCUUUUAAAUACGGAGACGAGUAUUGAGGAAUUGGAGGACAAGGAUAAGGUGGUUGACAAGGCGAAUGAUAAU